AUGACUAUCGGCUGCAAACUUAUGAAUGAGUUCAGACUCAAACACUGGAUGGAGAUUGUGUCAGCCAAUCACAGAGCCGCUCAGAGGUCGCUCCAGACUACUAUGUCACUUCCUGGCAGGUUGCCAUGGCAGCAGAGGCAAGUUAAUGACAUCACUUCCUGUCUGUUUCCAUCCAGCUGUAGAUGUGACCCUCUUGAAGGAAACUGUCGCCACGAUUUAACCGGCACUUCCUGUCUGCUCCGGCCCCAGUGCACCAUGGGAUUUGCAGUUCUUCUCACUCUCCUCGUCUCCCUGGUGACAUCGUCAGUUUGUGACGAAGAGGGCGGGGCCAGUCAAGGUGGCGCUGUGCUGUGUCCUCUGCAGUGUGUGUGUGAGACGCGGCCCUGGUACACCCCGCAGAGUGUGUAUCACCAGGCCAAGACGGUAGACUGCAAUGAACUCCAUCUGCACCGAAUACCAGCCAACGUCUCCGCGGACACACAGGUGAUGCUGCUGCAGAGUAACAACAUCUCCUCGAUCACCACUGAGCUGCAGAGUCUGUACAACCUCACAGAGCUGGACCUGUCUCAGAACCACUUCACACAGGUGAGCUCGAUGGGCCUGUCCACUCUGGGCCGCCUGGUGACUCUGUACCUGGAGGAGAACCUGAUCCAGGAGCUGGAGGACUUCAGUCUGAGGAACCUGUCCAGUCUGGAGGAACUUUACAUCAACCACAACCACAUCUCCUCCAUCGGACCCAAGGCCUUCGCUGGACUCUCCAACCUGCUCAGGCUCCAUCUGAACUCCAACCGCCUCGUGGCCAUCGACAGUCGCUGGUUCGAGUCCCUGCCCUCUCUGGAGAUCCUGAUGAUCGGGGAGAACCCCAUCCUGGGUCUGGAGGAGAAGAACUUCCUGCCUUUGUCCCGCCUCCACAGCCUGGUUCUGGCCGGGAUGGGUCUGGCCUCCGUCCCGUCCGCUGCCUUCCUGGGACUCGACUACCUGGAGAGCCUGUCCUUCUACGACAACAAGCUCAGGUCUGUUCCCCGGGACGCUCUGAGCGUUCUCCCUAACCUGAAGUUUCUGGACCUGAACAGGAACCCCAUCAGCCGGGUCCAGCAGGGAGACUUCCAGAACCUUCUGCACCUGGAGGAGCUCAGUCUGAACAACAUGGACGAGCUGCUGAUUGUGGAGCGAGCGGCUUUCCAGAAUAUUCCAGAAAUCGCCAAACUGGAAAUCUGCAGCAACCCCAAACUGUCCUACAUCGACCCGCAGGCCUUCAGUGCCCUGUCCUCCCUGCGGACCCUCCUCCUCCACAGUAACCAGCUGAGCCUCCUCUCCUCCUCCCUCCUCUCCUCCCUCCCCUCCCUAGAGGAGCUCUCCCUCCACACUAACCCCCUGCGGUGCGACUGCCUCUCCUCGUGGGAGAUUCACCUGGGGAACCAGUCUCACCUGAAGCUGCUCGACCCCCCCCUCACCCUGUGCUCCUCCCCCCCUCACCUGCUGGGGCGGGAGCUAAAGGAGGUGGUGGUGGAGGGGGGAGGAGAGGGAGAAAAAGACGGAGAAAAUGGAGAUGGAGGGGGGGUUAACUCCUGCCUCCCUCACAUCUCCCCCCGAGCGUUCCCCCCCGCCAUGAACGUCAGCGGCGGGCAGCCAAUCACGCUCGAGUGCUGGGCCGACGCCGACCCCCCCCCACAGUUCUACUGGGUGACGCCCACCGGAGACAAGGUGAGCUCUGAGGCCGUGGCUGCACCAAUCAUAUCAGAGGAGGGGCGGGGCUUAAGCAGGAAGAAGAAGAAGAAGCAUCGGAUGUCUGAGCCCGGCGCGUUGGUGAUCGAACACGCAGAGCUUUCAGACGCAGGUGUGUAUACCUGUGUGGCGUGGAACAUGGAUGGCGCCGACACGAAGAGUGUCUCUGUGUCCGUUGACUCUCAGGGGGGCUCGUGGUCGGGAGGGGAUCCCAGUAGAGAGGCCUCCUGGCUGGGGAACUCUUCAGGAGCUUCAGCCUCUCUGGUGGUGCUGGCCAAGCUGGUGCACGCCCAGUCGGUGGUGUUGGAGUGGAAGUUGUUUCCCAGCAGAGGAGCUUCGUCUGUGGGUCAGAACCAGCAGGACCUCCCUCUGACCCGCUGGACCAGCGCCACGGUGCACAUCGACAACCCUCAGAUCAGCUACACUGCCAAGGUUCCAGUGGAUGUUCAGGAGUAUAACCUGACUCACCUCCUUCCUGCUACAGAGUACCACGUCUGCCUCACCGUCUACUCCGCCCCUCUCUACCCCUCCUCCUCUUCCUCCCCUUCCUCUUCCUCCCCCGUCCACACUUCCUGUCUGAACGUCACCACGAAGGAGGCGGGUUUCUCCGUGGAGUUGGUGGCGUCUCGGCGCAGCAGCGUGGCGCUCGCCGCCGUCAUGGGUUCGAUGUUCGCUCUGUCCAUCAUGGCGCUGCUCGUUUUCUACAUGGGUCGCAGAGUCCAACAGCACAAGUCCUGCGGCCACUCGCUGAAGAAAUACAUGCAACACGCCACCUCCAUCCCUCUGAACGAGCUCUAUCCGCCAUUAAUCACGCUGUGGGAGAGCGAGGCCGAGAAGGACAAGGAGGACAAGGAGGAUGGAGAGAGAGGGGAGGAAGCUGGGGGGAGACAGAUCGACACCACAAAGACGUACAUGUGGUAGCGGGAGGGGGGUUUAAUCGACAGAAAAACAAACUUUUGAGGGUUUUAAGAGAGAGAGAGAGCGAGAGAGAGAGCGAGAGAGAGAGAGAGAGAGAGAGCGGCAAAGAGAGAUCAACACAAG